GGGUGUGGUUUGAUGUGGGUGUCUCGUGUAUGUGUUGGCAGGUGGGAUAAAUUAGCCAAAUUAUUUAGUCAAUUAGCUUCACGCCUCAUAUCCACCAGAGGCAUCCGAUGGAACGCAGAGUCAAUGGAGCAACUCUGUUGGGGAAUGCCGCACUAGGCAGCGAUGCGUUCUGUGUGCAGCAUAUGUUCAACUCGUUCGUUGCUUUAACGUGCGGUGGUACACAUGGAAGUACCCACACAUAUUCCAACUAGCUAGCUUUUAUCUAGUUGAAAAGUGAAACAUGUAUCUGCAAAGACCAUGUCUUUCACAGAGACUUCCUAUACUUACACAGUGACAGAGGUGGUGAUGAGAGUGACACCAAAGAGGAAGUCGUCACUGAAGCCCACUCUGAGACCACCACUAACACGUCUGAUGCGGAGUCUGAGUCCUAGAGUUCAGAGUUCAGACCUAAGCAGCACAGCAUGGUGACCCUAUAUAACCAAUACACUCUGCUUCAUCAUGUAGGAUUUCAUUGUGGUCGUUAUUGUGUUCUGGUGAAUAGCAAGAUUUCUGUUAGAAUGUCCAUAAUGCACGCAGAAUGUAGAUGUGGUGUUUCCUUCUGUGUGAUUUGAAUAGUUUAUGCAAGAAGCCCAAUAUCAUUUGGUGACUGGCUUUGUCAUAUUUAAGUAUCAGUGUGUGUGUGUGGAUGUGUUUUCAAGCAUUAUUCGAGUUUAACAGAGAGGUCUGUCCUGAGGUUGCACAGGUGUUCGCAGCUACCACGCAGGUUACAGCUCCAGUAACACUGCUUUGCCGUGUGUCAGUUUGAACUGAUGUCACCACCAACACCUCUCUUGUCUGUCACUUUAUUCAAGAGUUUUUUUUCAUAGGCACCCUGAAGCAUCCUUAGCCCAGCUUACGGCCGGUUUCACUUUGCCUCUUUGUGGUCCAAACCGAGAAACGCAACCUGAAAGAGGAGACUGGUAGCUACUCUCAACCGCCAGCAUCUCACCCCUGGGUCCUAUGAGAAACCUGAGACAGAAACUGCUACAUCAAGUUGGGUAGUGAAACUUUUAUGACGAUUCCACACUUGUCUGCACUAUGCUCUGUUGUACUCAGUGCCCAAAUCUGUGUUGAAACACAGGAGGUUAGAAAAUACUCUUCCUUACACUACUCACAGGAAACAAACAGACAUGAAUGAACUUCCCUCUCCCUUUGUUUCUAUCAUAACAGUCACUUUGGCUUUGGAAACUCAAAAGAUGAUAACAUAUAUUGAUUUAUUUGUAUUCAUUUAUUUUCACCAAAGAAAACAAGUAAUAGACAGCAAUACAGAUAAAAACAAUGCAAUCAAAAAGCAAUAUGCAGGUGUGGUUGGAAGCCUGAAAUGAAAACCACACAUGGUAUCAAGUUGUCAAACUAUUGAUUGUUGCUGUAACCUGGAACACAGCCUGAUUUUAAAAAACAUCAAAACUAUCACUACUGCCUCUUUGUUUUGAUGUGUCCAUAAACAAGUCCUAGAAUACCGGGAACCUAUGAUGCAGUGUUUUUGUGGUAUACUGUACAUGGGAUUUACCGUGCCCACAUUGCAAACCAGUAUUUUGUCCCUUUGUUUAAAUUCCCCCUUGCCUUUCACAUCUGCUCAUAGUAGCUGCACUUCCUAUGGCGUCUGCUUCUUUCUCGCAAUUGUUAACAAAGGUGGAUAUGCUAAGAUGAAGUUCAAUCGAGGACAGACUAACUGAAUGAGUAACAGAGCCAGUGUAAUAUGAACAUUUUAUUAAAAUAGUUUUGGGAAUAGCCUCGUCUCCGAGGAAUAAUCCUCGGAGCCAGAUGAUAGGAUGGCAGGUAGCCAGCCCUAUGGGGGGCAACUGGCAUUGAGACCCUAAUGCUGGGAGAAAUGAGGUGGAUGGGUGGGGAGGUGGAUGAGUGUCAAACUGUGAGAGAACAUGGGUAAGUUGACAUAUAAAUACAUCUCAAGAUUUCUGCCCUAUGGUUGAGAGAGGGGGAGGUGAUCAUAGGUAAAACAGCAAGCAUGAGGAAUGUACAUAAUUGUGCUAUGCUCAUAGGCUAUAAGGUCAAUAGGUGAAUGACAUUCCGCAUGUGGCAAAUAGAAAAGAAGGCGAGAUAUGAAGCCAUGAUGAUAAUGUUUGUAAACACUAACAUAUACAGGUAACUGCCAAAAUAAUGGAAAUGCUUGAAUAAAUUAGUGAUACAAAGUACAGUGGCAAGAAAAAGUAUGUGAAACCUUUGGAAUUACCUGGAUUUCUGUAUAAAUUGGUCAUCAAAUUGGAUCUGAUCUUCAUUUAAGUCACAACAAUAGACUGUCUCCUCCCCUUCAUCUACACUGAUUGUACAUACUGGGCGGUGUCAGAGGAAGGCCUGAAAAAUUGUCAAAGAUUCCCGUCACCCUACACUCAUAGACUGUUCUCUCUGCUACUGCACGGCAAGCGGUACCGGAGCGCCAAGUCUAGGUCCAAAUGGCUCCUUAACAGCUUCUACCCCCAAACCAUAAGACUGCUGAACAAUUAGUCAAAUGGCUAACCGGACUAACCAUUGACACUCCUCUCUGUUAAUUAUCUGUGCAGAGUCACUUUACCCCUACCUUCAUGUACAAAUUACCUCGACUAACCUGUACCCCCACACAUUGACUCGGUACCAGUACCCCCUGUAUAUAGCCUCAUUAUUGUUAUUUUGUGCUUUUAUAAUUUUUUUACUUUUGUUUAUUUAGUAAAUAUUUUCUUAACUCUAUUUCUUAACUGCAUUGCUCAGUAAGCAUUUCACUGUCAGGUCUACUACACCUGUUGUAUUCGGCGGAUGUGACAAAUAUAUGAUUUGAUGGAAGUGGAUUUACCAAGUGACAUCAAUAAGGGAUCAUAGCUUUCACCUCGAUUCACCUGGUCAGAGCAGGUGUUAAUGUUUCGUACACUUAGAGCAUUAUACUUACUGGAUGAAGUUAAAGAAGCAAGCCAUUCAGUCCGAUUUACUGAUUGAACUUGAGUUAUCAGCUACAUUACUUUAAUUUAGGCAACAUCUGGGCAUUUGACAUAUUCCAGAAGAUUGAUUGUCAGCCCACAAUGAAGUUCCCCCUCACCCUCUCACGAAGCUGUCGUUGUCUUACUACCAAGUUUAUCCAUUUUCAUACAUCACUAAGUGCUUCACUUGAGCAUACUGUGUUAUGGAAAGGGUUUUUAGAGGGAUGAGGCAGAAUUGUUACAGCUGCAUAAGACUGGUGAUGUGAGAUCCAAUGCAGAGCAGAUAUGCCUAAUAAAGCCUGCAUUUAAUUCUAUGAGUGACUUUAUGUGAGGUGUCUCAUAGAACAAAUGCAAGUAAUCUCUGGCUGACAUGUUUUAUAGAGUAUGCCACAGGUUCCCCAAAAAGAGACAAGUUUCUCAAUUGAAUGCAUACAAAGUUGAUUAGAAUUGUACACUGGUAUUCUGUAUGUUAGAAAAAACAGAAACUACUGGCGUAGGCAAAGCAGUCUAUCGACAUGUGACAUUGUGGUUAGGACGACAAAUCCUAAAAGCUGGUGAUGAUGAGACUGGUAGCAGUAUUCAUCAAGGGCUAGAGGCGUCUACUCAGAGAAAGAGACACAGCAUUGAAGUCUCAUCACUGACUGGGUAAAAUGGAGUGGCCGUUGUUCACUGCACUCCCAACUGAUGAAACUCUUUCUGGAGAUUACACAGACGACUAUGGGACCUUCACUGAGACCCCAGGGGGGCUAUGUGACAAGAGCUGGGUGAGGGAGUUUCGGGGUCUCUACGAACCCCCGCUGUUCUGGCUCAUCUUCAUCUUGGGCGCUGUGGGCAACCUGAUGGUGGUCUUCAUCUUUACCACGGUGCGCCACCGCCUCAAGACCAUGACGGACGUCUACCUACUCAACCUGGCCGUGGCCGACCUUCUCUUCCUGGGCACCCUGCCUUUCUGGGCUGCCGACGCCACCAUGGGCUGGAUGUUCGGCCUGAGCCUCUGUAAGCUCCUCUCGGCCAUCUACAAGAUCAACUUCUUCAGCAGCAUGUUGCUGCUCACAUGUAUCAGCGUGGACCGCUAUGUGGCUAUCGUCCAGGUUAUCAAGGCCCACAACCAGAAGAACAAGAGGCUGUCUGUCAGCAAGCUGACCUGCCUAGCUGUCUGGAUCAUCUCAGGCCUCCUGGCCCUGCCGGAGUUAAUCUUCGCCCAAGUCAAGCCUGACCGUAGGGGCAAUUCCUUCUGUGUCUUGGUCUACCCAAACAACCUCUUCAAUCGCACCAAGAUCCUGGUGCUCGUUCUGCAGAUCUGUGUGGGGUUUUGCCUGCCGCUGCUGGUCAUGGUGCUGUGCUACUCUGUCAUCAUCCGCACCCUGCUGCAGGCCAAGAGCUUCGAGAAGCACAAGGCACUCAGGGUCAUCUUCGCUGUGGUGGCUGUGUUUGUCCUCUCCCAGCUGCCGUACAAUGGGCUACUGGUGGUCGACGCCACGCAGGCCGCCGACACCACCAUCACGGACUGUGCUGUAUUGGAACUUUUCGAUGUCGCUGGUCAAAUUGCCAAGAGUCUGGCGUACACCCACGCCUGCAUUAACCCCUUCCUGUACGUGUUCAUUGGCGUUCGCUUCCAGAAGGAUCUGCUGAGGCUGCUGAAGCUGUGCACCUGCGGCCUGAGCCAAGGAGGUGUCAGUAAGCUGCAGGCCGUCCCCAACCGCCCUUCUGUCAUGUCUGACACUGAGACUACCUGUGCCCUCGCCUUGUAAUCGUGCCCACUGAAGCCACACACACAUUCAACAUCACCUCAGAUCACAUAAUUUCAUUGGUAAACACCUCAUUCCACACCUUUCUUCUUCCAUGAUAUCAUAUGCUGCUAGGUGGGACACUCCCACCUGUUGCAUCCUGAGUACAUUGGUAUUUUACCAGUAUAGAAAUGUAAUUAUUUUACCCUGUGCUGACAAUCAAGAAACAUGAAAAGCAUACCAUUCUCUAAGACAUUGUAUUAAAGUGUAAAUUAUUGUAUAUAUACUGAACAAAAAAUAAACGCAACAUUCAACAACAACAACAAUUUUGCUGAGUUAGUCAGGAAAUCAGUUGAAAUAAAUUCAUUGGGCCUUAAUCUGUGGAUUUCACAUCCUCCUAUGGAGCAGUGGCCCUGGUCUUACCAUGACUGUUUUAAUAUGAUCUCUAUUUGCAGACUUAGUGCUGGUCUAGAGUGUAAAAUCCUCAUUGUGUGUGUUUUUAUAAUUGUUUAACAAAUUUGAAUAACAUUUACAAAA